AUGAAGCUGGCGGGUGCACUAUUCGAAGUGAGCACAAUGCUCAAUGAAGAACUGUCAAACGCACCAUCGCAAAAGGACGACAACACGUCUUUCAGUGAAAGCGACUUAGACUUGAUUAACGAACCCAAUCCAGUUUUCAGAACCAUGAAAAAUGGCGAAGUCGACAUCGAUGCCGUUCAGAAAGCCAUGGCGGAUUUCCGAACUCGACUCGGCGACCGCCAAGACGAAUCCCAGAUCCUAGCUUACGUCUGCAGAAGAUGGAAAGAUGAGCUGGAGGCACGUUAUCCAAUGAUGAAGCGAAAGUCUGUAACGCACAACGACGUUGGUGAUCUACUAUCACCACGCUCUAAAUUGGCAACACAGAAGAGCCAUGCCACCAGAGAACCCCCUUCCAGCAAGCAAAAGGAACAGGGAUCACCGACAAAGGUCAGGUUCAUGAUUGGCAACUCAGAGCUGAAGUUGGCUUCGACGACGGCGGACUCAAAGGAAGAUAAGCAGCCAAACAAACAGCAAGAAAAGUUUGAUAACGACAGAGGAGGUACACAACCAUACAAUUAUUCCAGCGAUGGCAGCAACCAUCGCCGCGGCAAGAAUGAUGAUGGAUUUUCCAUCUCUUCUUGGUGA